UGGUAUACGAGUACGGCGAGUAAGACAUAUAAAAAUCCACACCUACGAAUCUUCAGUCAGACAAGACAACCAUCGUCAAUGACGCCUAGAUUUCUUGUUUCGAUGCGUUGGAAAUCGUAUAGACUGUUGUGAGAACAGAACAGAAUGCAUGGGUUUCUUUGAUGUGUACGCGGCCGAUUUCGAUGUGCGCUCAUUUUUAGUGUUUUUGUGAAGAAAUGUGAUCAUCAUGAGACGUUAUGUGGUGGUUUUAGCUGUUGGAUUAUUGUUCGUAAAAGGGGCUUUAUUUGGCGAAACAGGGGAAGAGAAAAAUUCACAGUAUUGGAAAACAAGAUAUUUGAGUGGGUCGGACUACGGUUCGCAGUAUAAUGUAAAUCACGAUAUGCCUGAAAACAGUAUCCAGAAUCAUGAGUCAUCUCCUCGAACACUCUUUAGUUGGAAUACCGCGAGGAAUAAUUCGCAGCAUAAAUCAAACGGAAGUACGCAUUUUUUCUCUGAAAAUAGCCAAAAUUCGGUAUCAAAUAAAGCCAAAAAUCCCAGAAAAGAUAACAUUUGGUGGCCAUGGUCAAAUUACGAAGAAUGGGCAUCCAGCAGAAAACACGACGAUCUAGUCAAUCAUACAACCCAACUACCAAAGACUCCUUUCAGACAUCCCAGCGAACCAAAAAAGAAAAAAAGAAAGAAAAAGAAAUCUAGAAAACAUAAGAAAACGAAUAUCAAUUCGACUACGCAAUCAUCAUCCGAAAAUAGUCCGCCAAAAAAUAUGUUUUUUCUGCCAAAUAGCAUCACUAAUUACGAUAAUAAUUAUCCAGCAACAAAUCGAGAUACGAGUAUUCCAAACAAAGUGAAAUACGAAUCGAAUAUUCAACCUCCUCGCAGCAAUUGGGAUAACAACGAGUUGGAUAAUGAAAUUCAUCCUCGGUACAAUUAUUACGAAUCGAUUCCUUUAAUGAAUACGAAAAACAUUGUGUUUGAUAAAAUCAAAAAACAUCGCAAUUACGAUCAUUUCAUGAAGAGCUAUUCGUCUCGGAAUUUUACAAAUGAUGUAAAUGAGUGUUUGAAUGAUAACGGUGGCUGUGAAGGGUUAUGUAUCAAUACUCCAGGAUCGUAUAAAUGCCACUGUCCGGAUGGUUUCAAAUUGGACAUGAAUAAAUGCGUAGAUAUUAACGAAUGUUUACUUCGUAAUGGACACGGACCUUGUCAAGACAAAUGCAUAAACGAAUGGGGAAGUUACAAAUGCAGCUGUGAGAAUAUUCCUGGAACCAGAUUGGCUACAGAUGGACAUACUUGCGAAGAUGUUGACGAAUGUAAAGAAGGCGCCGCUGGUUGCUCCCACGAUUGCAUAAAUACUGUCGGAUCAGCAUUCUGUCUAUGCCCCUCUGGUUUUAUUUUAGGUAUGGAUUGGAAAACUUGCUCCGAUAUUGACGAAUGUGCUGUACCCGAGAUGCAAGAUAAUAAGUGUGAAAAAGGGUGUGAAAAUACUAUCGGUUCUUACGUUUGUUUAUAAUAUUGAUCAAAUGUGAGAUAACUAAGUAUAGGUUGGUAUGUUAAGCUUCUAAAUUUUUGUACAAGGAAAUAACUUCGUUCAAUAAAUUAUCGUUCUUA